AUGGAGUGGCCGUUAUUGGGCUCUCCCGUUCCCAUUCUGGCCAUUAUAUUGUCGUAUAUCUACUUUGUCAAAGUGUUGGGUCCGGCCUGGAUGAGGGAUAAAAAGCCAUUCAGGAUCGAGGGAUUAAUUGUUAUCUAUAAUCUAGGCGGGCAAAUGACAUAUUUUGGGAAAUACAGCUUAAUAUGCGAACCAAUUGAUUACUCGGGGAGUGCCGAGUCUAUGAGACUGGUGCAACUGGGCUGGUGGCUAUUGCUCUUGAAAAUAGUAGAGUUCGCCGAUACGGUAUUUUUUGUAUUGCGCAAAAAAUUCUCGCACAUAUCGGUGCUGCAUGUGGUGCACCACUCGCUGGUGGCCUGGGGUGUGUGGGUUGGCAUGAAGUUUGGCGCCGGCGGUCACAACGCCUUCUUUCCGUUAGUGAACUGUGGUAUCCAUACGAUUAUGUAUACGUACUACUGUUUGGCCGCUUUGGGCCCCGGGGUCCGCAAGUAUCUCUGGUGGAAGCGGUACCUAACCAUCGCCCAAAUGGUUCAGUUCGUGGUGGCCCUCAUUCACGCCUGUAUUCCCCUGUUUGUCGACUGCGGAUAUCAGCCGGGAUUCGCGUACGCACUCAUCGCACACGCCCUCCUGUUUUGGGUCAUGUUUUACAACUUCUACAAAAAUAAUUAUCAUAAAUCACACACUAAGACAAUACUCACGGAUUCGCACCACCAUCACAACCAUCACAACAACAAUGAUUGUCAGGCAUACAAAUCGGUGUGCAAUCAAAACGACCGGUUGUGUCAAAGUGUGACAAACGCUAUGAAAGUGUCCCAAAAUAAUGAGUUGUUUAAAAUAUCCAAGAUUAAUUAA